AUGGGGUUUUUGUGGUACUGCUGCGACUGCAAGUUUGGUCCUCACGAUUCCGCCCUCUACAUGGCCUGCAUCGAGUGUGGAAAGCCCCGUUGCUCUCGCUGCAUCUGUGACAAGGUCUCCAACAAUAUGAGCGUCCACUCGCACUCCCACGACUGCAAUCCAGUCUCUGCAUACCCAACUGCUGUUACCGUGCACUCUCCUCGCACACCAACAUUGAAGACCACAGCCAUGCCCAUAGUCGUACCAGACCUCCCUGGUCUACGGCCUCUACGGCGUGCCGACUACACAGACCUCUCAACAACACCACUACCAGGGACGAGGUACAACAGUGCCACCUACAUGUACAUCUGCUGUGGAUGCGGAGACGGGCCUAAAGUCUACAACCAUCAGCCCCAGUGUGUUCAAUGCAGCCACAUUGCCUGCAGCGAGUGCAAGCGCAUCAAGUGA